AUGGAGGAUGGACGAAUUGUUCCUUUAGUUCAGUUAAAAUCCCUAGUAGCCACGAGAGAACGACCCUUUUCUGGAACUGUGGAAACUGAUAAGUUAAAAUCCUGCAGAGCACUCUUCAAAUCCUCCAUUGCUAUCUCAAAGGUACCUCUUCAUCUCCCACUCCCCUUUGCCGUGGACUGUAGUUUGCUGGUUUUGUGUGGCAAAUCACCGGGGGGUAAUGAAACUGCCAAAACUAUAAAGACCAGUAACGCACUGAAGCUCCCUGACAAUGGAGAAUUCACCCUCUCUUUGCAUUCUGAGGUGGAUAAAGCUGUUAUGCAAGGGUCUUUCCAAGUUCAUUCCUACAUGAAUUCUCUUUCCACCAAUCAAUUUGGCAGGCUUCUCAUUUGGUCUCCACUGUUGACAUCAACACACGAUGUCGUUUCACACAACUUUUGUAAGCUUCCAAUUGGUACAGUUUGUGUUGCUGAUGCUCAGACCAAGGGACGAGGUCGGUCAAAGAAUGUCUUGGAAUCUCCAUUGGGUUGCCUCAUGUUUUCUUUUACUUUGCAAAUGGAGGAUGGACGAAUUGUUCCUUUAGUUCAGUAUGUGGUUUCCCUGGCUAUCACAGAGGCAAUCAAGGAUAUCUGUGACAAAAAUGGGUUACCCUUUUGGAAGAGAAGAUAUUCUGGCAGCCUUUUUUAACAAAUUUGAGGAAUUUUAUGGUUUACUUGUGAAUCAAGGUAUUGUACUACUAUACUAGUUAACUCAUGAGUUUGAUGUUGCUUGUCAGUAUCAUUUCUAACAUCAUACAUCAAUUCUAGUUAUUAUUGUGUAAACAUCAUACCUGUGUACUUCAUUCCUUUAUCCCUCUCUUUCUCUGAAAAACCCAUGUAUAGAUAAAAUCUUUUAAUCUGAAUUAACUUCUUGAAUGUGUGCUUCUCA